AUGGUUCUGUUGCAUCCUCGAAUCUCGAUCGCCAUAUCGCCGGAUUACAAUCAUCUCCGGAAAAGCUUUCACGAUGUGCUUUGCUGCAUGAGAUUUGGAUUAGCGCGAGAUCAUCUCCCUCCGAAACGAUCCUUGGCCUACUAUUCGGUCACUUCCCGAUCUCGACAACAACAUCCCAAGUCGCCGAUCACCAUGGCGACCAAGAGCGAGGAUCUCGCGAAAUCAUCGACGGAGGAGACAGUUAAGGUAGAGGAGGUUAAGAAGGAGGAGGAUAAGAAGGAGGAGGUCUCGCUCCCUCCGCCGCCGGAGAAACCAGAGCCUGGCGAUUGUUGCGGUAGCGGCUGCGUCCGGUGCGUUUGGGAUGUGUAUUACGAUGAGCUCGAAGAAUACAACAAGCUUUCUAGUUCCAUUCCUGGAGAAACUAAAUCCAAUUGA